ACACGUGUGCGCCUAAACGAAGGACGCGCUCGUUCCACAUUUGGCAGGAGAUUUUUGAAGAUCUUCGAAGUGCUUCUGACUUGUCCGCACGCUUACAGAAUGAAACUUUAGCGAGAAAAUUUUCAUUUUUAAAAUACUUCGAGCUGUAAAAAACGAAACAACAACAACGUUUGUUUGGUUGUGAAAAGCUAAGCAAGCAUCUUGCUGCCAUGAAACCUCAAGAGAUCUUGCAAUGCAAAGGAAGCCUGUGGGUUUUUGGUUAUGGAUCCUUAGUUUGGAAGCCUGAUUUUGUCUACCAGAGGAGCAUAACAGGCUACAUCAAGGGCUAUAAACGGCGUUUCUGGCAAGGAGAUGACUUUUAUCGAGGAGACAAGGAGAAUCCUGGAAGAGUGGUGACACUGGUGGAAGAUCAGGAGGAUCGUACAUGGGGCGUGGCUUAUGAAGUGGCCGAUGCACAGAUAAAGGAGGCCUUUGAGUACCUCAACAUAAGAGAAGGAGUGAUAGGAGGAUACGUCACAGAGAUGGUAGAGUUCAUUCCUCGGGAGAAAGACGUGGACACCGUCUACGCCCUUGUCUACAUCGCCACCUCCGACAACCCCGCCUACCUGGGCCCCGCUUCCACCCAGGAGAUCGCCAACCAGAUCGCUGUUUGCAGGGGAAAGGCGGGCCACAACAUCGAAUAUCUGCUCCGGCUUGCCGAAUUCAUGAGACGCUGCUGCCCGGAGGUAGAAGACGAGCACCUCUUCUCCAUUGAGGCCGCCGUUUUGAACAUUUACCAAGACUGCGAAACACAAAACUCCCUCCUUGUUUGAUCUGUCUAAAAGACACAAAGCACUUUAUAUUGACAUGCGGUUUAAAUGUCACAUGUAUUGAAUGUAGCAGGUUGUAUUCCUUGAAAUAUAAGCACUUCUUUUUUAUAUUAUAUUCCUGUUUACUGCAUGUGAUGCAUUUUUUUAACAUUACCGAAUGCUUUUAGAUUUCCUAUUUAGUGUAUAAUCUACAUUCAUCAAUGUUAUUUUAAUAAUAAACAUGCCUUCGUUAAACGGU